AUGCCUGGGUCUCCUGCUCUGCACAUCCCGGUUUGCAAAGUAAAGUUCCCUUGUGUAACUGGUCUCUCUCGUUUUCUCUGCUUGCAGUCCAUCCGGUACCAGUUCUACCCUCAGAACAAGACCUGUGUGAAGUCUGCUCUCCGUACUCCAUUCCAACGCAUCGCAGUUCCCUCUAAUGCCACGUUCGUCUCUCAGAUAUAUUUUGGUGGCUCCUCUGAACCACGGGAGGGUGUUCUGACCAAUGUCUGGAUGCUUACGACUGGUGACAGUGAAUAUUGCUUCCUGUCUUACACGGAAUCCAAUUGCCUCCCUCUAUCAGAGGUCUGCUUCAGCAAAGACAAGAGCUGGGUCUUCGCAACGUGAGUUGGUCAAUGCAGUCUCU